CUCUCUCUUUGAAACUCUCUCUCUCUCUCGCUCAUAAACUGCUCAAUGCUCUUCUGUCUCUGCUUCAUUUUUGCUUGCAAGAAGCAGAAAUAUUAGUCGUCAGAACAGUUUGUGAGAAAGAGAAAAGGAAGGGUCUGUUUGGGAGAACGGAAAGUACAGAAAGAAAGAAGCUUUUUCUGUACUUUCCAUCUUAGACACUGAGAAAAACAGAGAGAGAGAGAAGGGCGACCUCAUAUUCUUAUUUCUCACAUUCCCCGGUUUUUCAUUUUUCUUUUUCUUCCUCUGUUUUGGUUGAAGCAGAGGAACCAAAACCCAAAAAAAAAAUGGCCGAAACGUCACAGAAAAUUCUGAUCCCAGAAACGUUUCAAAACCCGGGAUACGACAUUGCGUCGCAAAUCGGUCUGAUGUGGGAGCUGAUCAAAGCGCCAUUGAUAGUUCCUCUCCUGAGGCUGGGCGUCUACAUUUGCUUGGCCAUGUCUCUCAUGCUUUUCAUGGAGAGGCUUUACAUGGGAAUCGUCAUCAUUCUGGUGAAACUCUUUUGGAAAAAACCAGAAAAGAGGUACAAGUUCGAGCCCAUUCAGGACGAUGUUGAAAUGGGAAGCUCCAAUUUCCCUGUCGUUUUGAUCCAAAUCCCCAUGUUCAAUGAAAAAGAGGUUUACAAGAUCUCAAUUGGUGCCGCAUGUGGGCUUUCAUGGCCGUCCGAUCGUCUCGUGAUCCAAGUUCUCGACGAUUCAACUGAUCCAGUAAUCAAGCAAAUGGUGGAAUUGGAGUGUCAGAGAUGGGCAAGCAAAGGCAUAAACAUAACUUACCAAAUCAGGGAAAACAGAACAGGUUACAAAGCCGGUGCUCUUAAGGAAGGGCUUAAGAGAAGCUACGUCAAGCACUGUGAGUACGUGGCCAUUUUGGACGCCGAUUUUCGGCCGGAGCCAGACUUUCUCCGCCGAUCCAUCCCUUUCUUGGUCCACAACCCCGACAUUGCUUUGGUCCAAGCUCGCUGGCGAUUUGUGAAUAGUGAUGAAUGCUUGUUGACAAGGAUGCAAGAGAUGUCGUUGGAUUACCAUUUCACGGUUGAGCAAGAAGUUGGCUCAGCCACACAUGCCUUCUUUGGCUUCAAUGGAACUGCUGGUAUUUGGAGAAUUGCUGCAAUCAACGAGGCAGGCGGGUGGAAAGACCGAACCACGGUCGAGGAUAUGGAUCUCGCCGUCCGUGCGAGUCUCAGAGGCUGGAAAUUUGUGUACCUUGGUGAACUUCAGGCAAAAAGUGAACUCCCUAGUACUUUCAAAGCCUUCCGUUUUCAGCAGCACAGGUGGUCUUGUGGCCCUGCAAAUCUGUUCAGGAAAAUGGUCAUGGAAAUCGUAAAAAAUAAGAAAGUGAAGUUCUGGAAGAAAGUGUAUGUCAUUUACAGUUUCUUCUUUGUGAGGAAGAUCAUAGCUCACAUGGUGACCUUCAUCUUCUACUGUGUUGUACUUCCUCUGACCAUUUUGGUUCCUGAAGUCCAUGUUCCAAUCUGGGGAGCUGUUUAUAUUCCUUCCAUUAUCACAAUUCUCAAUUCAGUUGGAACUCCAAGGUCAAUUCAUCUUUUGUUUUACUGGAUUCUGUUCGAGAAUGUGAUGUCCCUGCACCGGACCAAGGCGACUUUCAUUGGCCUUCUAGAAGCCGGGAGAGCCAAUGAAUGGGUUGUCACUGAGAAAUUGGGAGAUACCCUCAAGAAGAAAGCAGAGUCAGAUGCUGCCAACAAGAAAACACCCUUCAAAUUGUUCAAGAAACCGCGAUUCAAGUUCGGAGACAGACUUCACCUCUUGGAGCUUGGAUUUGGAGUGUUCCUCUUCUUAUGCGGAUGCUACGAUUUCGUGCACGGGAAGAACAACUACUUCGUGUACCUCUUCCUGCAAACCUUCACCUUCCUCAUCUGUGGAUUUGGCUAUGUUGGCACCAUAAUCCCCAGCUGAUUUUAGUUGCAAGGAUAAUGAUAAAAAUAUAUAUUAUGCCUACAAGUUGACAGAGAAUCCUCUUAUUGUUUGUCAUCCAAUGUCACAAAUCUUUGUCCUCUGCAGCAAAACGUACAAGUUUGGGGGGGUUCUAUGAGCAAUUGUUGCUUGCAAGUUGUACUAUAUGUUUUCAUCAUCACCUCAUUUAAAUUCAUCAAAUUGGGGUAAAAGGGCAAAAAAAAAAACAAAAAAACAAAAACAAAAACAAACAAACAAAAAGAAAAAGUUCUUGCUGUUCACUUCUCCUCAGCAAAUCUCUUUGAUAGCUCGAAUUCAAGUAAGCUUUGAAGUUACAAAGAUAAAUAUUGCUGUUAAUAUUCUGAACAAUGUCAUACAGGAUCAUUUGUCAAGGAAUAUUAAGAAGCAGAAACAGCGGUAGGUUUAGAAAAGCAAAAUGUUGUUUUUUUCUUUGAUUGAGGUUAUUGUUUGUCAUUUGUCAAAUUUUGUCUCUUUUCUUUCUUGGGGUUUGGAAUUUGUAGGUUUUGCUAGAUUGUCGGGAAUGAGAUCGUAGUUGAAAAGUAGUGCAUUUGUAAUUGGUUACCUUUUGUUAUCUCUGUAAGCUUCUUUGUCAGAUUGUAAUGAAAAAAGUUUAAUAAAGUGUCUUUUGAUUUUCC